AUGACUGCGACACCGUCGGCAUCUACCACGGCACGUCGCCGCGUGCUCCACCCUAUCGGGACGUUGAGUGAGGUCAAGGACCCGGAGGCUGAGGCCGCGUCUACGAAGAUCAAGGAAGAGGAUGGUGAAGAGAUGUUGGCGAAGAAGAAGACCGACAAGCUCACCGUGGCAGCUCAUGAAGUCAUUACGCCUCCGUCUAGCAGCGAGCGACCGAAGCGUGAACGAAAGGCCAAGACGAACAGAUCCUUGGCUGAGGUUGAGGUGGACUUGGAUGAUGAUGAUCCGGUGCAUGUGCGUGACCACCUCUCGCCGUUUGGCGGGGCUGGCAGCAAACGCCGGCUUGAUUUUAAAGACGCUUCAUCCGCCGCAAAGGAGCAAUCUCCCAACAAACGGGCAUGCGUUGAGCGACCGGAUCUUAUGAAGGCGCCAACACCCCAUCCCGCCGAGUGGGAUAUGUCGUCGCAGCAGAAGGCAGAGCUACAGACCAAGACGUACAGCGAACUCUUCGAAGUGCAUGGUAUUCGUCCAUCGCAACACCCCACGAUCAUAAAGGAUAAGUUCGGUGUCGACAUCAUGCCUGGACCUGGUCAUCUGGGUGGUCAACCCCAGGUUGACUCUGUCCUGCACCGCAGCGUGCCCACCCCCUACAGCCGACCGAUGAAGAUUCCCAUGAUGAUUUCGCGCAAUGGCAAGCCUCGUAAAUCGGGCGAGGAGAUCAUGGAGGAAGUCAGAGACAAGGUAAGGAUGAAGCUCCACAAAUACCAUGGCUGGCCCCAUCCAGUGCCUGCGUUCACCAUCACCCCUCCCGCUGAACUCCCUGCCGGAGAGCCCCGCGAAGGCAACCUGCGCGAUCUCGUCGAUCACGAAGUGGGCACCCUGCACCACAAUCUGACCUUGGAUGAGGACCAGCAGAGCGAGCUGGUCUUCACUAUGAGGGGAGCUGCGCGCAAGUUUGGUAACAACAUGUUCAAAGCAAUGCCAGCGGGCUUCAGGGCCAUGGCUAAGUCAGGCCUGGACCUUGCGCUUGAACAUCUCACCUACGCGCAGCAGCAGCAGGUCGUCGCCCUUGUUCAGACCCAGGCCGGCAUCAAGCUGAAAGAGUUUGAAGCCGAGGCCAAUUUUGCCUACGUGGGUCCUCAGCAUAAUCUUGGCCCGGACACCAUGGAACCAUUCAGAGAAAGCUUUCAGCGGUCGACGUGA